UAAGUUUGAGGUCAAUCGGUCAAGUCAAAAUUAUAACGGCAAGCAGCGGUUACAAAACCUCGAGCUCGAGCCUACUACUAUCACCAAUCUCAGCAGCACCGUUCUUGGAUUGGUCAGUAAUUCCUUGGCCACUAACGACGAAAAAACGAUGUCAGCCGAAGGAGACGGGUCAAAACGAAGACAGACAGUGGCAAUUUUGACAAACGUCGCCCACAUCUCUGCACCUUUCCUUACAGUUUUCCUCGUCGUUCAUCUAUCCGCACCAGCACUUGCAAAUGUGGGAGGGUCGAGUUUGUCUUCCAAUGUUAUGCUUCUCGGUAGGGAAUACUACCAGACUGCUUUUGGAGAGAGGUAUCUCCUCUUCACACCCCUGGCAGCCCACGUAGCUUCAAGUAUCGCAAAAAGGAUCAUUACUCCGCGUUCCGCAUCUCCUCGCAAAAUCACGAGCACCCACAGCCUUGCGGCGUAUUCGACUCUUCUAAUCUUUCUUCCCAUCCAUUUCUACACCCACCGCGUCUUCCCUGCCGAUCCUUCACCACCCAUAUUCGAGGUAGGACCCUCGGAGGUGGACUACGAGUUUGUCAAGACUGGCUUGGCUAGGUUUCCGUGGCGGAGCUGGGUCUUGUAUGGCGGGCUAGUCGCAAGUGUAAUGCUACAUGCAGUCGAAGGCGCACAAAUUAUUCAAGCAUCACGUUUCGCUUCUCAAAAGUUCCGUAUGCGAUCUCGAACGUGCAAGAUCGUUGCGGCUGCAGCGGUGGUGCCUGUAUUGGCAGGUCUGUGGACGGUUUCGAGAGAACCUCUUAUGGUGUUUGCUUCGUUAGCGGAGCGGUAUGAGGCGGUGUUCACUCGGUCUUGGGUGUAUAGAAUCUAGACUUGGGCAGUGCGAUGUGGUGGAUGUUCAUGCGUAGUUUCAUGUAUAUAUGAUUAAUGUCCAGUUCCAAUCCAUAAGCACACCCAAAAGUACAGAAUCUGAACAUGUCCUUCGACCAAAAACCAAAUAAACAAUCU